AUGGAUGACCCUCUUAAUCUGUUGUUUGUUUGGGCAUGGGAGCGAAUUCCGUGUAUUGCGCCCGUACCGAGACAUACCCUUCUACCGGCUGAGAUACCAGUUGCCAUGAGGUGGAGUCAUUCAGAACGGACCACAGUGUGGUUAUCGAAGACCGUAGCGAGAUUUAGGCAUGAUAUAGACUACAUGGAAGAAUUUAAGUGGCGGCCGUAUGACGGAUUGAUCAUACCCGACGAGUUACACGGACAUCUUGAGGUGUGUGACAUCGUUACUCCAUUAUUGUCGUUUGAGUGUAUCAAAUGGCACCCUAUGGACCAAGUGAUGCAUCAGUUUGGGUAUGCACAACCUCCCCCGCGAGAAGCAAGGAAAAUUCCCAUGGACCAGCAUUGCAUCGCUCUUCGCGGAGUGUAG